CGAAGUUAAAGACAUCAGGACAUUCGCACGAUAGGGGGAGGGGACGCGAGACUCACGAGAGUAACCUCAGCUGUUGCAUAGCCUACUGACACGAAAAGUCCCGAAGACGCCCGAGCGCGAGCACUUCCUCGGGAGGAACGACGACAGACACGUCCUCCGCUGCUCCAAUGUGCAUCAUCCAUCCGACAGCAGAGUAGCUUCAUAUACCUAUAUACUCCGUGCUUUUAUAUACCUCGAGUCUCUCGCAGAUUCGCAUCUGCACGAGCGGGGGAGUGCAGACCUGCAGACGCAAGACGACAAACAACAAAAGAGUGUGCAGUGCAGUGUGCCGCCGAUCUCGCUUCCAGUCAGCGCGUCGUGCUCACACGCGAGACGCGAGAGAUUUUUACUCUCACACCGCAGGUGGUCGUUUUCCCGGGAGCUUUGGAAAACCGCUACUCAAGGGAGACGCUCUGUGCGCGCUGUGAUUUCUGCGUUCUCGGUUCAAGAGUCGAGUCACUUUUUUCGGCUGGAUUUCUUGUGCUACAUCAAUUUUCGAAAGUGAACCGUAGAGCUUACUUCAUUUGCAUAAAGGCUCUUGAGACCACGGUGAUGAUUCAUGGUCCAGAGUGCUGGCUGCUCAGACAAUGUCAGUGUGCUGAUACUUAGUUGCUUUCUCCUUCUCUCUUCUCCAGUGAAUACACCUCAUAGGUAUUUUUAGAGUUUGCCAAUGUGUGACUCGGCGGACAGCUCGCUCAUACAGAAGUUGAGCUACCUUCGCUUCGAAGAUGACAACAAUGGACGGAUAUCCAGCUCUAGGCCAGAGCCACAGAUGCCAGUGCCCAGGUCUGUUGGAGCCAUUGAGAGCUUCAUACAGCCUGACAAUCACAGGGCUGCUCUGCCCAACACUGAGUACAAGAUCUACGAGAGGGAGAACAUCAUAGCGUCGUCCAGGUUUGCUACUCCAAAACCGGUGGAGCAGAUAGAUGAGCAUCAUCAGCAUUUGCAUGGACAGGAUAAAAAACAGUCGCCGGUUUACGAAAACAUAGAGUACUAUCCUCAGCAUGGACAGACUACUUAUCCACCGUAUUAUCAUCCAGUGGACUCUAGGAGAAGCUCAAGAGACAGUCCAAGGACAUCGAUCUCUAGUGAACAGUUUGAUGGAGGAUUCAAGCAACUUUGCAUGGGGCCUUCUGAUGGAGGCAUGGGACAUUUGAAGAAAGCACAACCUCAGGUGCCAACUAGCAGUCGAUACCAGUCAGCUUCACCAGCCAAAGAACUACCACCAUAUGAAGCUCCGCCUGUUUAUGAAAACAUACAAGAUGUUCAUUACUCCGAAACAAAUAAAAACAAGACUAGGCCUCAACCUCAAGUUCCAGCCAACUACUACAACUCCAUGAAUAUAAAUGGUGGAGACUAUGUUGUGAUGACCGGAAAAGUUCCUCCGCAAGGACUAAAAGCUACUUCAUACGUUCCACAAAAGUUUGAUCGUAGUCAAAACUAUGACAACAUAUUCCAAAGAUCCUAUGAUCCUAAUUUAUGCAACAAGUACCUUUCUACUUCAUUGGAGCAACAAAACAAUAAGAGUACUUAUGUACCACCUUCAGAACUUCAGCAGGCAAAGAACUUUGCAUAUGAGCAACAGCAGCAACAGCAAUCCCAUCAACAGCAUCAUUCGCAGCAGCAGCAACAGCAACCUUCGCAACAGCAGCAAUAUGUUCCAAGGACGAAUUUGUCUUACCAUAACGAGGCAACGUCUGUUCGUUACACUCCAGAACCUCAAUAUCAGCACUACCGCGGUGCCACAAUUGACGGGCCCACUCAGCAUCAUCACUACCGACAAGAUACCGUCCCAACGACCAAGCAGUAUAUUGACCAAGCUUCCAUGGGGUCCAAUACUGCAAAUAAUCCUACCUACUACAAUGACGUGCAGUCGCGAAGCCUACCCGCAUAUAACCAACCGAGAUCUGGAGAUUCUCUCAGCAGAAACGCUCAUUGCUAUUCUCCGAGCCGCAUCAGCCAACAAAAUGAUCGAAACUGCCAACCGCAACACUCGGAGAAUCAUCCAGAGCCCGAACCGAGAGUCUCCAACCACUAUGCAUCCGUUCAUCCGAACGAGCGAAGUUACUCCUCCAGUCCGUCCGGCGAGCGAAACUUGAGUCACGACUCUGCCAAUACCGAGCAAAUCCGAAAAGCCCCAGCCCCGCAGUAUGCUUCAAACUAUCCCCAACCAGCGGCUCCCCAGUCUCCGAAAAUCAGCUACCCUCAAACGGCUCAAAUAUCCAACAGCCAAGAAGCAGUACUUUAUUCGCCAAAGCGCGAAGCCAACUCCGAGAAUCCUAUGAGGGGACAGGUACAACCUGCGGUGACCAGUGCGGCUACGAGCGGUGGACCCGAGGUACCAUCUACGUCCGGUAUACAAGGUCCGAGAAUAACGAGUUUGCCUCCGGGGGUGACAAGUGGAGUUGCUGGGCCCGUGGUGUUGAACGACGGUGUGCCGAUGUUGCAGAAGCACGUUGAAUUGGAUUCGGAACCGAGAGUCAAUCCGCCUAUCAAGCCAACUCUUGGAAAGGGACUACUGCCGUAUAAUGUUACACCGCCUAGACCAUCGGGACCGACCGAAGCAGAACGAAAGAUCGAAGAACUAACAAGGCAACUCGAGGAAGAGAUGGAGAAACAAGAGGAAGAGGGUGAAUAUUUCGGCAUUUGUCACACGUGUCGCGAGAAAGUAACAGGUGCGGGACAAGCCUGCCAGGCGAUGGGUAAUCUGUAUCACACGAACUGCUUCAUAUGCUGCUCUUGUGGUAGAGCACUUCGUGGCAAAGCCUUCUACAACGUCGACGGUCGAGUUUAUUGCGAAGAGGAUUAUCUCUACUCUGGAUUCCAACAAACGGCUGAAAAAUGUGCUAUAUGUGGUCAUCUCAUUAUGGAAAUGAUUCUGCAAGCUAUGGGAAAAUCAUACCAUCCUGGGUGCUUUAGAUGUUGCGUGUGCAACGAAUGCUUGGACGGUGUUCCGUUCACUGUCGAUAUAGAUAAUAAAAUUUACUGUGUUAAUGACUAUCACAGAAUGUUUGCUCCAAAAUGCGCCUCAUGUGGUAAAGGAAUUACACCCGUUGAGGUAAACGAUAUCGAAGGCACUGAAGAGACAGUACGCGUAGUAUCUAUGGAUAAGGAUUUCCAUGUUGACUGUUACGUAUGCGAGGAAUGCGGUAUGCAACUGACGGAUGAGCCAGACAAACGAUGCUAUCCACUAGACGGUAGGCUAAUGUGUCGCACUUGUCACAUUCGAAGUAUUUCGCAUAUACCAUCUAGACAUCCACAACCUGUAUCUGCAAGUUAUCAGUUUAUGGGUUGAUUAUCUAGGACCAAUGUUUAGGAAUUUUUAUUUUCAAUAAGGACACGACGUAUUGAGUGCCCCAAUGUGAUAUAAUAAGAUAACUAGAAGUAUUUCGACUAACGGUUGCAAGUACGAAAGUGCAUAAUGACUUGUUUAGACUAAUUUUAUCAACAAACAACAAUGCGUUUGCGUGCUGAGAAUAAUUUAUAAAGUAAGUUUAAUUGUUUUUAUUGGAUAUAUAUAUUCUGCAGAUGUUAUUAGAUGUAACAUUUACUGGUUGAAAAAAAAAAACGACAUCGAUUAGUAUAAUUUGAGGAAUAACGUUUUUUCCAUUACAGAAUAUACAAAAGUAGAAAGCCUUGGCCUCGCAAGUAGAGGUUAGAUAUUAAAUAAAAAAUAUAUACUCAUAAUCAGCCUAGCAAAAUAUUAAUAUAAUCAAAUAUUCGAUCUAAUCCAAAAAUGAGUAUUAUUUACAUCUCUAGGCUAUGUUCUUUUUAAAGUACACAUUUUUUAAAUAGUUGUGACUUCUUUAAUGCGGUACAAAGAAUCGUUACUUAAUGCGAUUUUUAUCGUUAUUAUUACCAUUUAACAGAUUUGCUAAGAUGUAGAGUGAGAAUUAUAGCGGCGUAUCAAAAAGAGCACUUUUUUAAAAAGCUGAUAAGCGUUUGUGAAUCAAAACGCACAAUAUAUUAGAUUAAAUCGAGUAUUCCCUGCAAUUCAAUGCUAACAUGGCAAGUUUUUGAUCAAAUUUACAAAACAUGACUAGCGUAAUUAUAACGCCAAACUCAGUAUUUGUAAUAAAUGUUACAUUUAUAAUGUUAUACAAUCACAAAUGACUGAUAUUCAAGAAAAGCAACGGAUUUCCUAUGCGAUUUUGAUAAGCUAGACGAUUACGCUGUUUUCUAGAAUGCAAUUUUUUAAGCGAAAUUUUACAAUGCGACCACGAGGACAUGUAAUUUAUUUUUUUAAUCACAAAGUUACGUUUGGUUAACUCUCACUAUUCACGUUAUACACGCUGCAUAUUUUUUAAAUUUUCUAAGAGGUGUAUAUUUUUAUUGAACGCCUGAAUUUAAAAUAAGUUUAAUCUUAUUAAUUUUUAACUGUUAAUGGAAUAUCGAUAGAAUAUAACAGUAACUCUUAAUCUAUCAUGAAUAAAAAUAUUGAUCGUACA